AUGGAGAAGGGACAACAAAAGAAGAUUCUCGGAGAGGGACGGCUCGUCCGUCAGGGACGGAAUAUGUUCAUCCGAUCUGGAGAGGGCGAGAAUUACAGAUCCGUUUUUGUUCCUGAAACGGCCAUUCGACAGAACUACAAGGAUUAUUCUUUUUUUGAUGUACGUCUCAUUCUUCAAGUAAAUAUUACAAAAAUUAACAGUUUCAGAACAAUGAAUAUUUGGCGUACUCGGCUCAAUUGGAAGGAAACAGAUAUUGUGCGAUAUCUGUUAUCCGUCCCAAAGAUCUUAAACUUAUGUAUGGCCAAUUGUGCCUUUUGGAUACUGUUCUCAGAUACGCACAUGUUGUGAUCAACGGGAAAAGCGAUAAGGUGUUGGUGCCGUUCGCUGCCCGCACGGUUGAGGGAACUCAGUGGUUCGGUAACGGAGCUGCAGUGGACAAGAAUUAUUGUGUCCAAGUCAUGCGCCAAGACGAGUAUUUCGGAUGCAAAUUCGUCGCAUACAUCAUUCAAGAGGACAACCGAAAAAUGAAUCUGCCGCCGUUGAGCAUGGAUACUCAGAUUUCUGCCCCAAUGAAGAAGUUGGGAACUACGACCGCUUGGCAACGCCAAUCUGACCAUCAAUCUGUCGAGUCUGUGCAGAAUCAUUCAGGCGUAAUCAUUGAACAGUACGAGAACGGAACGCUUUUGAUCUCUUCACCAACGUGCCAAAAUGUGUAUUUCCCUACUGAAAAUCAAGAGUCGUGGAUGAAACUUGGAAGAUUCCUGACAUUCGAUGGUCGGCGAGUGUCGGAUUGUAAGACGGAUGCGAUGUUUGGAAGCAACCCGACUGACUUAGGAACGGUAAGCACAGUAACCCUCCAGCCCUUACUGUUCAUCGGAUUCUUUCAGAUUUUUACCUUCACGCAUAUCUCGCCACUGCAAAUGACAGUCGAUGCGGUUCUGAACAAAGUGUCAUUCGGAAAAUCGGCUUGGGCUUGGAACGACCAUAUUGGGCGGAUCUACAUUCCAUGGCUCAGCGUGAGCAAAGGGCUGACCACAGCCAGACCAUUUCCGUUCGCCUCUGUUCAUUUGGAUAUUGUCUACAACGGGAAACACGAUGACAUUCCAUGGGUCGCUACGAAUGCCACUCUCGCCGCCGACACGGAAGCCGCUGCGAUUCUGAGAGCGAAUGCUCAGCUUCUGAAGACUGAUGACAACUGGAAAGUGCAAUCGGUUGUCGACGGACCGGAGAAUCCUAGCAUCUUCAUGUACCGGCACGAUGAGGGCCUUGGCAAACGGAUUUCUUGCUUCGCGAAAAUAAGCGAUGUGAACGGAUCGGAGGUUCCAAAACCCGGGACAAUGUGUCGUGUCUCUUAUUAUCCGCAAGAACGUCACGCACGACACGCUCUGAGAGCUGUUGUUGUCACGGUGAUGGAGAAAUGUGAGAAGAAUCCGCGGUGCCACGUAGUCCACAAUGGAUCCGGAGUGAAAUGUUUCCCAGUGUUAGUCGAGGUGAGCCAGAAAAAGUAGUACAACAUAAGUCCCAAUAUUAUUUUUCAGCAACCAACCGCUAGAAAGGAACGUGUCGAUCCUCCUGUGGCGCCGAAGAUCGUCGCAGCACCAGUCCCUCGAAAGAAUCCGUGGAACAUGAAGAACUUGGGGACACCGGCUGAUGCGACUCCUGCCGCUCUCGCUCCGAAUGACUUCCCAGAGGUCACAUCCAAGAAGGCGGAGGAAGAAAUCCUCGUGCCGCCGUACCCGCCACCGGGUCUUGGCGAGCUCCCAAGCCCGCGAGAAAUGGUGUGGGGAGGAACGCCAGUUGCAGCACAACCGGAACGGUAUUCGCUUUUCGAACAGCCGAAUACGAACUUCCCGAACUUCGGAGAUUCGUUCUUCACAUCUAUUGGAGAUCAGUAUCAGCUCGCUGAAAUCGUUUUCGGAUCGGACACAUGUUCGUCUAGCGAAAUUCGCAAUUCCCAAUCGGAAUCGUCCUCUCCUGGACUCAAAACGGCCGAUGAGCCUGAACAGAACUGCUGGAGUAGUUUGGAAUCAACGGCCACUUUGACUCAAUCCAACUAUGCGCAAAAUUCAUUCGCGUAAGUGUAUAAUCGGCUCUUUGGAACAUUUUUCAAUUCUUUACAGAUUCGGUUUCCCUCACAUGGAUCUUCCGAUUUACCAGAGCAUGAUGCCAUCAAAGAACGAGGUUCUGAUGCGUCCAACGAGUCAAUUCGAGCAGACUUCUAAUAAUCAGAAUCAGAAUCCUUCUUCAUUAGGCAAUUGCGAUGCGGAGAGCAUCCUUUUUAAUCUUUGGCAGAAUCCUAAAUUCAUAUCUGCCUUUAAAGCAAGUGAUCCUAUUCAAUUUGCCAAUGUUGAGGCCAAAUUACAAUUUUCUUCUAAUGUUUAUAAGGAAAACACUUUUUAAAUCGCCUCCCCAUUUUUUAAUAAUUGGUUUUUAUAAUCCCCUCGACACUCCUAUUUCCCUCUCACUCUGACCAUAUAAUUCUCGCGUAUCGGGGUUUCAUCUGAAUGCCAACUUCUUUUUAACCACCAAUCUUUUCUUUUUAUCUUGCUCCCAGUGCUUCUCCCGCUGACGAGAUACUCAGUUCUCCUCCUGUUCUAUUAUUUCCUCUUGUAACAGAUUUGCCACUUGUCGGUCUCCAAAGUUCUAACCACCCAACCCACCCCCUUUUUCUCGUUUUUUGUAUCUAUUCGAAGUGCUGGAGAGUUCACAUUUAGAUUAGUCAUUUUAUACAUUGCGAUGUUCAUUUAUAUAUAAUAUUUUGUCUGCUUCUGAAGUGAUUAAUGGAAUUUGUGUGACUAGAUAAUAAAGAAAUGGAAAGACAGUCAAAUGUGCAUGGAUUUGAGAUGGGUCAUAACCGUAGAAGAAGAGCAAAUAGUGAGAGGAAGGGGAAGACUGGAUGGGCGGAGUUGCAAAAAUCGGAAUCGCGGCAGUAGCAGUUGAUCGUGUCCACUCCGAGCACUUCUUCUUCUUUGCAAUACGUCCUCAUCCUGUGUUGCGGCUCAUAAACAUUCUGAGAGACUCUGAAAAAAGUGAGCGAUUUUCGUGAUUAAAAGAGCAGAAACUGACGUCACAUUCUCACAUCCUUUGCUCACGUAGUGAUUAUUCACGAGUGAUUUCACACAAAUGUCGCCGAAACACACGCCAGUCUCACAGUCGUACGGCUGAUUGCAUUGGUAGCAACGGAGCUUCAGGACUGGAAUGGAAGAUCAUUGAGAGCGAGAGAGGAAUAGUCAUUGAGGAGAAAGGAGCGUUACCGUUCUCAAUCGUGUACCCGACGGCCUGCCGAUUUCUGCCGGAAGAAUAGUCCUUGUAGGCGUGGGUGAUCGGGAGAAGAAGGAGGAGAAAGAGGGAACACAGAUGGGCCGUCGACUCCUUCAUCACAUUUCACACUCGCCUCUUCUGAAAUCCAGAAAUCGAGUGGAAGAGGGAAAGGGGAGGUUAUGAGAUGAUUUGAGAUGGGUAGCAACCCAGUAUUUUGACACGUUUCGACGCGAAACGAAACGAAACGACAAGUGGUCGGCAGGACAAUGAUACACAAGGGAGAGUGGUCCUUAAUAACCGAAAAGAACGAGAGAAAUAUUUAUCCGGGCCGCGGUCCCAGUCAGUCAGCCAUCUCCGGGGACGCCGUCAGCACGCCGCCAUCAAUUAUGUGAGUUUGUGCUCUGGAAAAGAAACAAUGGCGCGGCGACGGGUCCGAUCAUCCGAAGGUCUCCGUUUAUGGUCAUGGAGAGGGAGAAAGAGAAAGAGUGAGAAACAAAAAAUUGAUGAAAUCCGAGAUAAACGCGGACGGCGACAGGAGGAGCCGAGGAAAAGAAGGAAAAGGGCGGCCCCGGGAGCAAGCACUCUCAUAUUGCGAGUAAAUAUUGUAGAAGAGCAAAAGGCUCGAAAUGAAAUACUAUGGGGCCGAGGAGCGAAACAACUCGAAAUUUAUUCAUUAUUAAGAGGGAAAAUGAGCAAAAGAGCCGGCGCAAAUACGGCGAGAAGGGGAAGAAGGAUGGGAGGACACCUGUCAAAAAGUGAUAAAUAAUGAAUGCGCGGAGAGAUAACUAUGCUUCAAGAGUACACUGUACAUAUCACUUGACAGGAAUACGAAGGACAGAUGACGCCGAGUAAGAGAAAGAGCGGGGAGAGAGAGAGUUCCGUUUUCUCAGAAAUUAUCGGCUUAGUUGAGCACUCACGAUGAUUCCGCUGAGCCGAUAAGAUACUUAGUUUAUCUCGCAACUUUGAAGAAAACUUAUGAAUCGAUGGGCACGAAUAGAAGGUGGGCAACAGGCGAGAGGAUCGAAUCGUGCUCGGAAAGUGGCACGAUUAGGGGAGGAUGCUUCUGAAGCGGCAAAUUGGCUUGAUUACAGGAAAGUGCUCACGUGGAGAAAAAGGAAAAGAAGUGUUUAAUUGCGAUUCGAGAUGUACAAACAGAUGAAGUCGCCGCUCUCGAGGAGAAGUUGUUUCAUAAGUUAACAACUCCCUGGAGAGUAGGUCAACUCGCUUUCCGCUUGAUGGCCGGCUUCGUCCGUCCAUUCGCCCGUCAGAUUGACUGCUUAUUUGCUGGAAACUGGGAGGAAACUGGAGAGGAAGGGGGCGUGACCGACAGGUGAAACUGGUCAAAAGCAACGUGACUCUGGGGCUCUUGGCUUCCGGUACGAAUUAUCAAACCGAGCGGAACCUCUUCCGGUGCUGACGAGCCGGGUGGCAAUGUAAGCAAAGUGCACGCAAAGAUUAGUAGUGAAAGGGAAGGCUGGCGCAUGGUGUGAGAGGCAAAAAACAUAGGAGAUGGACAAAAAUCACUGGGGAAUUGGGAACAAACGACGCCGCACGUUUGGGGAAAGAGUAUGAUUUGAGGGAUUCGAUUCCAUAUAUUAUUUAGUAGCAUUACGUGGCAAUGCACUGCAACUUUUCGACGAGGAAAUGGCUUCAGGCGUAAGAUUUGCUUGCCCCAGAAUGUUUAAUGUUGUUCUCGAACCUGCAUAGCAGAUCUAUCCUCUUCCCCGAAAGUGUCAAAUCGAUCCUUUUGUGCGUAUUGGAUGCCACCGCACGUACGAGAAACGUCAUAAUCGUUCACCAUCAGUCCUUUCUUUUUCGGUGCUUUCCCCCCUAUUGAUGGAUUACGGGCGAGAAACGAUAUAUGGUUUCUUCCCUGCAGACGUCAGCGCCAUGAGAGAAAGUGAUAAAUGAGGAGGAACCGGACCAGGAGGUGGCAAAGAGCAAGGUGAUGCGAUGAUUGAGAGUCUGCCGGGGAAAGGGCAGAACAAAGACGAAUUGCUCUCUCUCUCUCUCUCUCUCUCUCUCUCUCUAUUUCAGAUUGCUGAAAUGGCUCAUAGGCAUCUUUUUGUUUUUUUUACAUUUACUGAGUAGUGACACGAAUUCUGGCGAGGCGUGCUCUCCCCUAAUCCAGUUAUUCAGGAGUUGUGCCGACGUUCUCAUUCUGAUCCACCCGAACACGCCCUCAGAUCUUUGUUCGAAGCGACGUCGUUGUUCAUUUCGGCGAAAGAACGACAAGGAAUGAUAAGCGUGAGGAUAUCAAAACGGCACUGAAUCAAACAAUUCGGCGCCAGGAUGGCGGUGAUUCGGAAGGCGAGUCCGGUGUGAAAAAGUGAUGGACGGUCGGCCGAAGUCACUUCUGGAUUUGUUGAUUUAGGCCAUCCCGUAGUGUCCGACACCUUGAUAUAUGGCCUCCCACUUCACCUGGAUCAUCUCCCUUUCUUCUGUCUGUUUCCUCUCAUCACAUUCGGUUUCGAAGCUGCAUUGUCAAAUGGAAAUGAAGACGAAAAUGAGAAGACGAAAGAGAACCGGACAAUUGGAAUCCGCCAUUGUUGCGUAAGCUGAAUGACUUUACGUUAUCUUUACGUUAUCUGAACGAAUUUUACGAGCAGCCGAACGACGUGGAUUGUUCGAGUUUGAUUAGGCCUCAACAAUCAGCUGAUUGGGAGGGAACGAGAACUAGCCUGGACAGGAUGCACUUUGGGAGGGAUGCGAUGAUUGCAACAAUGUUAGUUCAAAGUGAUUUAUUCGGGCCCGAUUCGGUUCGACACUUUCCCGCCAAAAGAAGCAUGUGACGGCCGAUUGCUAUCUGGUUCAAGAACGAGUGAACCUGGACGCGGCGCCACACAAACAAGUGGCAGGAUUCAGGAAAUGAAACGGUUAUCUGAUGAAGAGCUGCGAAGAUGUUACGGUUCUCUCGUGAUCGGUUCUUCCACCAGUUCUGAUCCGCAAGGACUACUUCGUGUCCUCUUCCCGUUCCAUUUGGCUGUCAUGUGCGCGCUAAUCAGCUUGAGGAAGUGGUCGUUUGUGUCUUCCGAAUUCCACGCAUCAUUGCAACAUUUUCGUCAUAACCACGUUAACCCAAAUCGGUUGGUAGUGUCCUCUUCCACCAGGAAAAAAGAAAAAACUUGUCCGCCCUUUCCCACUCGAAAAAACUCGAAUACCUCGUUUGCCAUUCGGCGAUGUUGUUUCAAAGAAAUCGCCUGUUAGAGUUUUUACUAUGAACCACGCCCCUCCGGACGGACGGUCACCGCGCGGACAGCGGUGGGCGGAAAAACUGCUUAUCGCGGCUUUUCGGUUUUUCUACCCUAUUUAGGAAGGUGGGGAUAUGCGAUUAGGGACAAUCACAAAACGCCCGAUAUCCUAUAUCCAUGUCUUCUUUUUGUCGUUUCCUGAUUGGCACUCUUCCAAGUACACCCUGUUGCAGAUGACCCUCACAGCGGCGACGUCCGGCGCCAUCGUCUUUUCGGGAGCCACCCUCCUGGUCUCUCUCUUCGCUGCCGCUUCUCUUUACAGUCAAGUCUCCAGCAUCUGGAACGAGCUCGAUGCUGAAAUCGCCAACUUCAGAGUGAGACAUUCUAAUCCGUUUGAUCCCAUUUACGCAAUCAUGUUCAGAGUCUCACCGAAGACAUGUGGGUCGACAUGGUGAAGCUCGGAGCCGGAACUGCCUCGAACAGAGUUAGACGCCAACAAUACGGAGGGUACGGAGCCAGUGGAGUCCAGCCACCAGCUCCGGCUCCAAACGGCUAUGGAGGAUACGGAGCCAGCCAGCCAGCUCCGCCACCAGAGAAGUUCCCAGAUGGAAUUCCGAACGGAGCAAACCAGCCAAAGUUCCCAGGAGGUGGAUUCCCAGAUGGUCCAUUCCCGAACGGAGGAGGGCCACGUGGAGGACCACAAUGCCAGUGCACCGUUGAGAACUCUUGCCCACCAGGACCAUCAGGAGACGAGGGAGAGCAGGGACCAGACGGACAGGACGGACUUGACGGAGUGCCAGGAUUCGACGGAAAGGACGCGGAGGACAUUCAGAACACACCACCAACCGGCUGCUUCACCUGCCCACAAGGACCUCUUGGACCGCAGGGACCAACUGGGCCCAGGACUCAGAGGAAUGCGCGGAGCUCGUGGACAGCCAGGACGUCCAGGAAGAGAUGGAAAUCCAGGAAUGCCGGGAGACUGCGGACCACCAGGAGCACCAGGACUCGACGGAAAGCCAGGAUCCCCAGGAGGAAAGGGAGACGAUGGAGAGAAACCAUUGGGCAGACAGGGACCAAGAGGACCACCAGGAGAGGCCGGACCAGAGGGACCAACCGGACCAAACGGAAGAGAUGCCUAUCCUGGACAGGCUGGACCACAGGGAGAGCCAGGAAUCCAGGGAUACGGAGGAUCUGCCGGACAGGACGGGUAAGGAUGUCAGAAGAAGGAACAAGUUGAUAAAAGAGUGAUUUCAGACCAGAGGGACCAACUGGACCAGCCGGACUUCCUGGAAAGGACGCCGAGUACUGCAAGUGCCCAGGAAGAGAGGGAGACGCCGGCAGAACUGCCAGACGCCACCGCAAGUUCUAA